AUAACAGAGAUGGUACUAGAAUAAAACAAGAUGUAAGAGCUAUGUUAGAAUGUUUUUUUUUAUAUGGAAAUCAAAGAAGUAAUGAAAGAAUAAGCGCAAAAGCUAUGCAUAAUGAACUCCUGGAAUAUGCUGAAGAUGGCGAGAUAGAAAGGGAGGAUGUUCCAAAAUUUCAAACAAUACAAAAUUGGUUAAAUUCAUAUGCUCAA